CAGCCAGGUCACCCGCGCACCCCAGCCCAGGCAUCGCCUCGGUGUUUGCCGGGCAGUGCUGAGGCCGUCUCCCGCUGGGACUGAGGCGAUUCGAUGCGGUUUGUUAAUAUGACGAUUUGUAAUCUAUAUAUUUUGUAUUUUGGAUGCAUAAAAAUAAUUUAGUUUGCCUUGCUGCAAUGUAAAACACAAGGAGCCCCGGAAUAUCUUUCUCCCUGUGCGGAGCACCCGGUGCUGGUCCUUGGUGCCACUCUGAGGUCCGUCCACUCCUUCUUAUGAAAUGGAAAAUCCUGAAGUGGCUGUGAGCAGCUGCAGUGCACAUGACAAUGAAAACCUUUGCAGCUACAAACGACACUCAUCAGUAUCACAGGAGGGGCUUUUGGAAGACCAGCUUAGAAGGAAGCUAAAAUUUUUCUUCAUGAACCCAUGUGAGAAAUUUUGGGCCCGGGGCAGAAAGCCUUGGAAACUUGGGAUUCAGUUACUCAAAAUAGUAAUGGUUACAGUUCAGCUGGUGGUUUUUGGACUGAGCAAUCAAAUGGUGGUUGCCUUCAAAGAAGAGAACACUGUUGCAUUCAAACAUCUGUUUUUGAAAGGAUAUAUGGACAGAAUGGAUGAUACCUAUGCUGUAUACACACAGAGAGAUGUCUAUGACCAGAUAUUCUUUGCAAUAAACCAGUACCUGCAGCUGCCCAACAUCUCUGUUGGAAAUCAUGCUUAUGAGAAGAGGGGGGCAGAAGACACACCUCUGGCUGUUUGUCAGCAGUUCUACAAGCGAGGAAUCAUCUGUCCUGGAAACGACACCUUUGAUAUAGACCCAGAGAUUGUGACUGACUGCUUGUACAUUGAGCCAACGACUUCACUAGACAACACAACAAUGGGAAAGCACAAUUUGAAUUUCACUCUGGAUUUCCCCAGGCUGGUGGCGGUGCAGCUCAUGUUCAAUCUGAAGGCAAUCAACCUCCAGACCGUUCGUCACCACGAGCUCCCCGACUGUUACGAUUUCACUCUGCGGAUUGUGUUUGAUAAUAAAGCACACAGUGGAAGAAUUAAAAUAAGUCUAGACAAUGAUAUAGCAAUCAGGGAAUGUAAAGACUGGCAUGUUUCUGGAUCAAUACAGAAGAACACUCAUUACAUGAUGAUCUUCGAUGCUUUUGUCAUAUUGACUUGUCUGGCUUCACUGAUCCUUUGCACACGAUCAGUGAUUAAAGGAAUUUGGCUCCAAAGGGAAUUUGUAAGCUUUUUCCUAUAUUAUUAUAAGAAAGAAGUAUCUUUCAGUGAUCAAAUGGAAUUUGUCAAUGGAUGGUACAUCCUGAUUAUAGUUAGUGAUGUCCUAACUAUUGUUGGAUCAACUCUAAAGAUGGAGAUACAAGCUAAGAGUCUGACAAGUUAUGAUGUCUGCAGCAUACUCUUAGGAAUAUCUACUAUGCUUGUGUGGCUUGGAGUCAUUCGCUACCUAGGUUUCUUUCAGAAGUAUAAUCUUCUCAUCCUAACACUGCGAGCAGCGUUACCCAAUGUAAUGAGGUUCUGCUGUUGUGCUGCUAUGAUCUACCUGGGCUAUUGUUUCUGUGGCUGGAUUGUACUGGGACCAUACCACGUAAAGUUUCGCACUCUCAACAUGGUUUCUGAAUGCCUUUUUUCAUUGAUCAAUGGAGAUGACAUGUUUGCCACCUUUGCAAAAAUGCAGCAGAAAAGUUACUUGGUUUGGUUAUUCAGUAGGAUCUACCUCUACUCCUUCAUCAGCCUGUUCAUCUAUAUGGUGCUGAGUCUCUUCAUUGCACUCAUUACAGAUACAUAUGAAACAGUCAAGCACUACCAGCAAGAUGGCUUUCCAGAGACAGAGCUUAAGAGAUUUAUAUCACAGUGCAAAGACUCACCAAACUCUGGGAGGUACAGGUUAGAGGAAGAAAGUUCUGCAUCUCUCUUCUGUUGUUGUAAUGGUUGUAGAGAGUAUAUUUAAUGGAUUGUGGGAGUGUGUCAUGGAGGCUUUAAAGCAGCACACAUUGCAAGAACUUGCCAGUGGAGCUGGUGGAAAACCUUAUCUCUGAAGACUUAAUUUGCUUUUCUCAAAAACCAGUGUAAGCCUAUGGCAGAAGUUUAUGCUAACUUACAGUCCUUUUGUUUAGACAUUCACUGCUUGUUCAGGGGGUUUGGGGAUGGUUUUUAGUAGUUUUAUUCUAUUUGAUUCCUUAGCAAAUUGUGCUAGAAUGCAAAGGGCAUAAGAACCUGUCUCUUGUGUUCAGAGACUUGGCUAGAUCAUAAGAGUAGUAUAUAAAUGUAGUAACCUUCAACUGUAAGUAGAACUAGUGCUGAACAACUUCAGCUUUGAACACCAACCUAGCCCUUAGUACUGCAGGCAUUAUCUGUCUGCAGUGGCUGACCUGCUACUGAAGGAAUGAAAGCUCACUAGAGCCCUCAGCAUUUUUUGUUUAUUUGCACUCACAGUAAAAAAAAAAAAUACUAUGAAAUUUGGUGUAAUUUGUUUCUGGAGUCAUUACACUGAGUUGAUUCACAAACCACUCAAAUAUAGCUGAAAGCAUAAAAUAAAUAUUUCUUUAAACACAAGUACCACUGGAUGUAAGUGGCAAUCUAUUCUCAGAGAAGCUGGGAUAUGCCAGGCUGAACUGAAGUUUCAGGGAUGAGCUGAGUGGAGAAAUGUUCUCAUAUAUCAAGCACUGGGCAGAGUCAGUUACAGUCUUCAGCUUAACAGUGUUUGGAUCUUACAUUUUUAAAGGAAAAAAUCAGAAAAAAACCCUUUCAAAAUACCUAUUUUUAAAAAAUUUGAAAUCUUCCUCUGGCAUAUAAAUCUGUAAACCUGAAGUCUAAACUGAGUUAAAGACACAGGAGAUAUGUCUCUGAGAGUCUAUUCUCUCUACUCUUUAGAAACUGGAUGUUUCCUAACAACCUAAUAACUUGCUACUGUCAGUGGCUGGAUGACACAUUAGCUCUUAUAAAAGUUCAGUUUUGACAACUUAGUUUAUAUUCUUUGUUGAUUGUGAUACUAUUUAAUGGAUGCCUUAUUUUCUAUAGUCUAUUCACUCUGGGAGCAGAAUAGAAAGCUAAAGGGAAGCAUAUUUUAGAGAACUUGCAUUUGUGAGCAACAUUGCUGUAGCUGUGUGUGACAAUGUAUAAUGCUGUAGAGGGCACGAAGCAUGUUCUGUCUGAAUGCUUACACAUUGUAAAUGUGCUACAAUAAACACAGCUGCAGUAAGUA